GGGCCCCUAGAGUGGGUUGACGUUGUUGUUGUAAGUGGAGUGGAAAUUACUUUGCGGCUGAUGGUCCGCAUUGGGGAUUUGACGCAGAGUUGCGCCACGAGAAGAUGCCCUAAAGUUAAGCACUGUCCAUUUUCAUCGAGAGGAGAAAAGUAGGAGCACGGGAAGCAUGAAAACAUCUGCGGGGCCGGUCAAGGAGAGAACGCAGCCGCCCCCAGAAAAAGAGAUGGCCCGACUCGCACGGCCCGUACUGCAAAGACAAGAUGACGUGGCGACCCAAGCUGCCGAAAAGCGGCAGACGAGGGGAGUCCCGUCCCGCGACCCCUCGCCCGCGGCGGCCUCCCUGGCGCACGCGCCCGCCUCUGUCCCCGCGGGGGGCGAUGACGAGCAACUGCUGAACACGCCUGAGUCCACCUUCCAGCUGCCCGACCUGAGCAUGUACCAGGACGACUUCCAAGUCAAUGAGAGGGACCUGAUUGAAAAAUCCAUGAUGGUGGCCCUGGAGCAUGCUGGGCGCCUGAACUGGUGGACCAAAGCGGUUCCCAACUGUCAGAGUUUGCUGCCGCUGACGACCACCGGAGACGGAAACUGCUUGUUGCACGCCGCCUCGCUCGGCAUGUGGGGCUGUCACGACCGCGACCUUUCGCUGCGCAAGGCGCUGCACCAGCAGAUGGUUUGCGGGCACGAGCAGGAGGCCCUCAAGCGCCGCUGGAGGUGGCAGCUGACCCAGCAGAACAAAGAGUCGGGCCUGGUCUACAGCGAGGAGGAGUGGCAAAAGGAGUGGAACGAGCUGCUGAAGCUGGCCUCCAGCGAGCCCCGCGUCAGCUACGGAAGCCACGUCAACAGCAGGGGGGAGUCGUCAGAUGAGCCCGUCUACGAGAGCCUGGAGGAGUUCCACGUCUUUGUGCUGGCCCACGUCCUCAAGCGACCCAUCGUAGUGGUGGCCGACACCAUGCUGAGAGACUCUGGUGGAGAAGCGUUUGCCCCCAUCCCAUUCGGGGGAAUCUUCCUCCCCAUGGAGGUGGUAGCCGGCACCUGCCACCGCUCUCCGUUGGUGCUGGCCUACGACCAGGCACACUUUUCGGCGCUGGUGCCCAUGGAGCGGACGGACGGUUCGGCCGAGCAAGUGGUGAUCCCGCUCACCGACUCGGAGCACAAAAUGCUUCCUCUGCACUUUGCUGUGGAUCCGGGGAAAGACUGGCAGUGGGGCAAGGACGACACCAACAACAAGAAGCUUGGCAGUGUGUCUCUGUCCUUGGAAGCAAAGCUGCAGAUGCUUCACAGCUACAUGAUCGUCAAAUGGCUGCCGCUGCCCUGCGAGCAAGCGCCACUGGCCCAGCCCGAGUCGCCCACCGCGUCGGCCGGAGAUGAUGCCCGCACACCUCCCGACUCCGGUGAGUCGGACAAGGAGUCGGUCAGCAGCAGCUCCAACGGCAACGGAGACGCCGGCCCCGCGGGAUCCGCGGUCAACGGUGGCGGCGGGCCCUUGGCCAAGAACAACUCAUCCACUUCAUCCGUGUCUUCAAACGGCGGCACGCCCCCGAUGGAUCAAAAAGACAAAGCCAAAAAGGAGAAGGAGAAGAAGAGGGCAGAGUCGGUGGCCAACAAGCUGGGCAGCUUCGGUAAGACGCUGGGUAGCAAGCUGAAACGGAACGUGGGCAAUCUCAUGACGAGCAAGAAUGGGGCCGGCGGACACGGUAAGAAGGAGAGUGGGCACAAAAAGAAGGGCUCACUCGGGGUGGACAAGGACAGCGCCCCUCCUUCGCCCCACCUGUCCGAAGACUCUGGGAAGGGCUCGCCCUCGUUGGGUAGUGAGCGUCUCAAUGGGACGGGCGGCAGUUUGGAGGGCGAGCCCAACAAGUACGGCGCUGACGUCAAGGCCAGUCUAGGCAACAUAAAGGCUGCCAUGCACGGCGAGAGGAAGUUUGUCUUCGCCGGCAUGCUGACCACCGACAACCAGCACCCGCUGCGGAAGCAGAGGAUCCAGCGCUACCUCACAGAGGUGGAGGAGCGCUCGCGGGCCGAGCAGGAGCAGCGGCGUGAGGCCGAGCGCAAGGGCGCCGCCUACGCUGCUGCAGCGUCACCCAAAAAUGGGCUGCCAGCGGCGGAGCCGGCCGAGAACUCGUCUGCCUCAUUCAAGGGCUCCCUGCUGAGCCCCGCCAUGUACUCUGGCACAAUGCCCAUCCCGCGGCCCUCCCUGAUAGAGCAGCCGCCCUUGGCGGCGCACCUCCACACGCACUACAUGGAUAAUCGGCGCCAGUUGGCCGGCGGCUCGCCCGCCACCUACCCAUCGUACAUCACCCUUCCAAGACACUGCUCCGCGGCGCAGGCGAGCUCCUUUAACCAUCUUAAUCCCCCUCAAUCUAAUAAUCCAGAUCCGGUACCCUCGUACCCACCAGACUGUACGGGGUUCGGCUCCUCCAACAGCUUCCUGGAACCCAGUAGUGCGCUGGCGUCAAUCCGCCACUACUCCCUGGGUAGCGUGGGCACUCUCCCCGAACUCUGUCGGACCCCCAACUGCGUCUACUACGGACUCCCCGAGACGGGCAACUACUGCUCCUCCUGCUACCGCAAUACCAAGGAUGCGGUGCCCGCCAUCCAGAGGUUCUGAUCUGGAUCGCCCCAGACACGUGGCCUUCUUCAGUUCACUUGGGGCACAAAUGGCUAGCCCACUACCGCUUCCCGUCUCAGGGAGAUGUCUUGCAAGUACGUGCACCUCAUGCUGGAUUCCUUUUGGAAUAAACUGUUGGAGCCCGUAGUCCAUAUCCAUCUGAAGUCAUAGGCAAGAAAAGAGCCGCCGGUCCUCCGCAUUGAGAAGGAGACGGGCUAAGGAUGAAGAACCGAAAACUCUUUACGCAUAGUGAAGUCAAACGAAAGCACCAACACAGUCUCGGUUCCCGAGUGCCGCAAUUUACGCCGAGGCCGGCCGGGUUUUCUUACUUUGUCUGUAGGUUUUGCGCUUUACCGCUCGCUGCUUUUCGCAAAGUUCUGGGGCACGUUGGUCGCUUUCCCGUCCCUGCACAAAUCCAAGCACUUUUGGUCAGGACCUCCCCCGUGGCUUUGGUGCUGGUCUGAAGCGGCAUUUUCCCACCACGGCGUUCACGGCAGCAGACAUGCGGCAAGGGUUCCGUUUCAUUUCUGAAGCUCCUUGCCCUCGCUAAUAAGACAUUUCGGUGCGCUAAUUGAACAGCUGUUUUACCGCUACUGGUCAUUGGACCCUUCUAGUAACUGGUAACUUUACCGGGUGUGGUGGAUCCCUGGACUCCACUAGAAGCACCAACGUGCCCAGUGCUCGACUUACAGAUGUCCGACAACCAUAGCAAAAAAAGCUGACUGGUAAGAUGCAGCUGUUUUAGUGGCUCACUGAAAUGUCGUAAUAAUGACACCAAAGAGUACGAGUCCAUGUUGGAUCUCAAACUUGAUGGCCAAUAAAUGCUCUUAAGGGUUUGGAGCAAAAAGCAGUCCUCGUAUGCCAAAAGUUGUCCUUCACGAGUGGACAGCGACCGUUCGGGUUUGACUUUCUUCGUUUGGUUUAAAGCACAAAAAGGAGUAGUUUGCAGUUCACUGCCACACCUAGGAGGGGGCGCCAUUUCCCCCACCUCACCGUGUGUUUAAAAGUGAGCGACUGUUUUUGCUGUUGUUUUUUUUGUUGUGAAUCCUCCAAAGAACGAGCUGACGUUUAAACGACUUGGCCGUGACUUGUAAUGUCACAAAACGCACGCUCUUGUUUUCUAUUUCAAACCAAAAGGCAAAAGAGAGCUUGUCAGUUAUUUUUGUACGUUUGUAAAAAGUCCCAAAUGUUUACUGACCCUUUCGAUCGAGCGCUAUGCAGGUGACAUUUUUAUAUCUCGCCAGAUCGCUCCUCAUAGAUUUCCUUUGGGUGUUUGCCUUUUUUCCCCGUUUUUGUUUUGCAUUUUUUCUACAGCUCCACUAAAACAAAACGGCUGAGAAUUGUUCUAUUUUUCUACAGCAGAAAGGACAAACGGGACUGUGCGUGGAAAGGUCGACCCAUGUUUAACCAAAUGUGUGCGGUUUUGUCAUUAAUUUUAUUGUUUCCAUUCUUUUUAGGGACCCCGAAGGCUGUCCAGUGUGCAAUGUGGACACUGGACAGGAAGAGAAUCGGAUUUGAUGAAAUAAUUAUUUACAUUAGGUUGUUAUUAUAAUUCAGACUUUCAUUUUGGAUUUUUUUUUUUCAUCAUUUGAAUAAAUUUCCGUUGUAUUUGAAAAA